GCGCUGCUCCCCACAGCGCGGAUUCUCGUGAAAUGUCAUCGUUGCGAGGAGUCCGUGCGAAAACCGCGAAAAUUGGCUGUCAAAACAUAACCUCGUCGCGUUGUUAUCGCCAAUGUUUGACAUUCGACGUUUGCCUGUCAGCAACGGUUCUUGCUGCUCAAUUCAGUUCGUAAUUCGAUUUUAAGGGCAACGCACGACCUUCGCAUUACGGUUUCCUUCGGUCUCCAAAUGUCGCUGAAAGGAAAAUUGCAAUGAACGGAAAAACUUCGCUCUGUAACGUCGCGUUGUAUUCUUUGCGAUUUACCUUCAGUGUCUACAUUUUAAAACGAACAAUCGUUUACCUGUAGUUAUACAAAAGAUUUUAUAUAAAUUUAUCGCUACAGAGCUAAACUUAGACAGCCAAAAAUGCAUUAUUAGACUUGUUUCUAGAUGUAGUAUGAUGUUUACUGUGAUACAUAGAGAUUAAUUUUGUACUUCUUUAUUUCAUGACGUUCUUUCCUCGUGACGAUCUACGCUCUCAUUAUCAAAACAGCAUUAGUACUGCUAGCAUUUGCCGGUUCCAUUGGAAUGACCUUUGUCAUUCUUGGUUGUGCAUUACCAAUAUACAAAGUAUGGUGGCCAUUUUUUGUUGUACUGUUCUACAUAUUGGCACCUAUUCCGACUAUAAUAGCACGCCGCUACACAGAUGAUUCAGGAAGCAACAGUAAUCCAUGUUUAGAAUUGGCAAUAUUUAUUACAAUGGGAUUUGUUGUGUCGUCCUUUGCUCUGCCAAUUGUGCUGGCGCGAUCUCCGGUGGAAGAGCCAGUAAUACAAUGGGGAGCCUGCUACCUGACAUUAGCAGGUAAUAUUGUCGUAUAUUCCACUCUAGUCGGAUUUUUCAUAACCUUCGAUCAGGAUGACACCGAUUACAACAUGUGGUGAGGUACUGCUGCAUCGUACUUAUUCAUCAUAAUAAAACUGUUUUUUAUGAGAUUAAAAGGAAAAAAAUAUCAAUCAUGCAGUGCACUGACUGAAAGCUACAUGUUGAUUCUAAAUUAUACUAUAAAACUUAUUGUACACAAUUUAAUAUAAACCUUAAAUGGGUAUUCUAUCCUAUAUCGAUGCUGGCAAAAGAAAAUAGUAUUAUAGUGCACUAAUGAUAGAACGCAUGAAACUACGCUGAUGAGUAUGGGAGUAUUACUUGGAUUCCACGCGUGAUUUGGAGCAGCAAGGAAAAAACAUGAAUUUGAUGUCUUAGGUUUUUCGUAUGGAACUAUUCAGGAUAAACCUGAAGCGCAACAAUGCAAGGAUAAUGUUGAAAAUAUUUUUUAUUUAAUCUAAGUCUUUCGUAAUAAUAAUGGUAAUAAAGUUACGAUUUAUUACUUCA